AUGAGAUCGGUCGCUCAAGUUCCAAUCGUUCUCCGAAAGUACAUGAUGAACGAGAUUCAUUACGCUGUCUGCAACAUGGUUAACGCCAAAACUGACAUUCAGAACAGCAUGCGCUCUUUGGCUGAAACGGUCAAAGGCUACGGUAUUGAAAUCAACAACUUCAGAGAAGUUUUGGGAAAAGCCAACGCAUACCUCCGUGGUUCUGAGCAGUUUGAAAACAAUGUCAACGAGAACAACGUUUGUGGUGCUAAGAAGCUCACCGCGCAUCUCGAAAUUGUGACUGAGGAGAUCAAGACCAUCGUCAAGACGUUCCCACAUCGCCAGAAGCGUCUCAUCGACGAAGCAGCUCAGCGUAGAAACGAAGUCGUGACCGAAGAAGAUGUUCGCAGAUCCAUCGCUGCUGGGUAG